AUGCCGUCCUCUAAAGAUCGCGAUGUCGAUAUUGUCGACGAUCGCCCGCGCGACAAGCCACACCGAUCCAAAUCCGAGCGCAAAGACAGAGAUCGAGAUCGAGAUCGAGAUCGAGACCGAGACCGAGAUAAGGAGAGGGAUAGAGACCGGAAAAGAGACAAGGAUAGAGACAGAGACAGAGACAGAGAUAGAGACCGCGAUAGCGACCGGGAUAGGGAUUCACUCUUGUCGUCCUCCCACCGCUACCAGCACCUUUCCCAACGCUCCUCGAGAUCCUCCAAGCUGAGGCCGACCGACAGCGAGUCGCACUCUCGAUCCCACCGACGACACAGAACGAAGGACAUGGACAAGGAUGAGCUGGAGGGCAAUUCAGCGGCCUCGCGGUCCAUGGUGGAUUUGGUGCCAGAGCUAGCUCGGGGUAUGGGGAGCGAACGGGGGAGCCUUCCGUACCCAUCGUUCAGCAAGGCACACAGCAAAGAGGCUCUCCAUAGCAAGGAAGAUGUCUCUUCGCCUGGUGCCCGGCGGUCGGAUCCGCUCACGCCAGAUACCACUGAUCUUGGCGGCAGCGAGAUGCGCCGCUCCAAGUCGGUCGACUCGCCUCCCGCUCCCCGAAAGACCUCAACAGCACACCAGGACACCCGCCAGAAUGACCGGCCGCCAUCACCACCAGAGACGGACUUGUCAGGCCAAAGGAAGAGACCCGAGACGCCAGGGUCGGCGAAAGAAGCAGACGCUCCGGAUACAAGGCCCUCAUCGAGGGGCUCCUGGGUGUCGAGGUCUACGUCCAAACAUGAACCCAAAUCCAGAGUCUCAAAAGUGUCGAGCCAGGCGACCUUUGUCAUGCGGCCGGCCCCUUCGGUCAGGGUUCCCCGCCCCGAGGAACCUACAGCGCCAACUUCGGAGGUAACGGACGCGUCCACCGUCGAGCCAGGUUCUACUUCAACAGCCCUUCCGCGACGGAGCGGUUCCAUCGUUCGGACAGCACCCACCGAGAUGGCAGACUACUCGCCCGAAUCAGCGAUAGACGUCUCACCCAGGACGCCAACACACACACCACCUCAGUUCCCGCCGCCACCUAUCAUGCCGGAGGAGAAGCACCACUAUUCAACAUCCGACGUUCCCACACCUUCGGCAACUCCAUUUAUGCCAGGGCCCCCUCCCCCCCCGCCGCCUCCGCCUCCUCCUCCCGCGCUCAAUCUCCAAGAGGUGCCACGAGUGGAUUACCUUAUGGCAAAUGGUGGCUUGCCGCAACCAGUUCCUAGGACGUUCCUCUCCGUUUUACCGCGGCAAAACGGUACAAGGCCGUCUAACCCACCACUCCAAGGCGCAGAUACACUCUUUGCGCCGUUCGUGAACCUCCUCAACCAGUACCAGACGGUACUUUCGGGCCACGGUUCUAUUGCUGUGGCCACCGGACAUCGGACGGUCGCCCGGCGCUUGCUGGACCGGUUAGAGAAUGUCUUUUCUCGCGAUCUCUCGCCGGAUGGCUGCCCCUGCCUUAUGUGUGAGCGGUCGGGGCUUCCUCACAGGGGACUCGGAUGGGGAGAAGUGCUCGAGCGGGUCAGCGGGAGAGUAGAAUUACCACCCUGGCCGCCGUUUGACUUCUCCCUGCUAAGCACCAAGGCGGUUGAGGAUCUGGCCGAUGUCCCGCCCCGGCCGUCAUCACCAGUCAAGAUGGAUCCUGAUAUUGCCGAGGAAUUUAGAGAGCAUUACCUCCGCCAGACGAAACGGGUCCGGGCAGCAGUCGACAGGUGGAUGACAGGCUGCGAGAAGACAGCCGCUCCGCCACCGCAGGACGUCGACGACGAGACGCUAGCCUUCGCCAUCCUCACCAACCUCGAGCAGGAAGACCGACCCUAUUUCAACGCUCUCCUCGCAGGCGCGCGGGAGGUGCAAUCUGCCGUGCGCGCCCCAACCCCCGUCCGCCGGCCCCGCAACGACUUCAUCGUCAAGUCAGGCCUAUCCCUCCAACGAUUAUACCGCCUCCACCAGGCACCCCGCGAUGCCGAAACGGCCGUAUUCCUCGUCAAAUACACCGCCGUCCACGACCUCCUCUACACCAUCUCCGACAUCAGCGCCUCCGAGUGGGAGAUCCUCACCUCAGGCCGCUUCGACGGCUUCCUUUGGUCGGGCGCGGAAGACGACGGCAUCAACGUGGGCGAGAGCGUCUCGCGCAUGGCCACCCCGGCCAGCGGCAUAUUCCCACCCCCUUCCCGCAUGAUGAGCCCCGCCGGCCGACCCAUGUCACGCACCACGACCCCCUUCGGGUCCUUCUCACGCGGGCCCACCCCCGCCUCCUUCAUCAGUGGCGUCUCGGCCGCCUCGUCCAGCUACCCCUCGGGGCGCGGCGCCGCCGUCACGCACGACGAGGAGAUCGAGGUCGCCACGCUCGCCGAGCUCGAGCGCGAGAUCUUCAGCGGCAUGGAGGCGCUCGAGGACGCCUUCGAGAAGCUGCACGACCGCGCCAUGGCCGUGCGCGACGGCCUGCGCCGCCGCGGCGCCGCCCUCCAGAUGAGCCUGCAGCAGCGCCGCGGCGGCGCCAUCGGACCCGGGGGACGCGGCAUCGACGUCCUGCCGCUGUCGGGCUCCUCGGGCAUCUAUGAUCGCCCGGCCUGGGCGGAUGAGGAGAGCGUGGAUGGCGCGGAUAGCGAGUGGGGCGGGGAUGAUAUCAGUGAGCUCGCGCCGGAUGACUCGGCCAGUCAGGUUAGUAGCAACCGGCUGAGGAGGCCGAAGCGGAGGAGGGAGAGGGCCACGCCGGCGCCGAUUGAGGAGGAGGAUGAGCAGUGA